AUGAACCGGCAAACUUACAGCAUGAGAGCAGGAGGUGGAGGCAGAUCUUACAGUGCUGCCUCAGCUAUUAUUCCAAGUGGCAACAGGGCUGGCUUUGGUUCAAUGUCUGUGGCACGAUCUGGAGGAGGUGGCGGUGGUUUUGGAAGGCUCAUCGGAGGAGGUGGCGGUGCUGGUGGUGGUUUUGGCAGCAGGAGCCUCUACAACCUUGGUGGUAGCAAGAGGAUAUCCAUCGGUGUUGGAAGCAACUUCCGAGCUGCUUUUGGGAGCGGAGCUGGUGGUGGAUAUGGCUUUGGUGGAGGUGCUGGUGGGCUUGGCUUUGGUGGUGGACAGGGAGGUGGUGGAGGGUUUGGCUUUGGUGGAGUAGGGGGGUUGGGAGGAUUCAGUGGAGGGCUGGGUGGUGGCAGAAACCCAAUGGGAUUUGGUGGUGGCCCACCUGGAGUUGGUACAAUCCAAGAAGUGACUGUCAACCAGAGUCUCCUGGCACCGCUGAACCUGGAGAUAGAUCCAAACAUCCAUCAGGUGCGAAAAGACGAGAAGGAGCAAAUCAAGACCCUCAACAACAAGUUCGCUUCUUUCAUUGACAAGGUUCGCUUCCUGGAGCAGCAGAACAAGGUGCUUGAGACCAAAUGGACCCUCCUGCAGGACCAGGGCCAAAAAAACAACUCGGGCAAAAACAACCUGGACCCACUCUUUGAGGCUUACAUCAACAACUUGAAACGGCAGCUGGCCAACCUGCUCAACGAGAGAGGACGCAUGGACGGAGAGCUGAAGAACAUGCAAGACCUCGUUGAGGAUUUCAAGAACAAAUAUGAAGAAGAAAUCAACCGACGCACAGCAGCAGAGAAUGAAUUUGUGGUGCUGAAAAAGGAUGUGGAUGCUGCUUACAUGAACAAGGUGGAACUGGAGGCCAAGGUGGAUGCCCUGACCGAUGAACUCAGUUUCCUCCGAGCCCUCUACGAUGCGGAACUGGCUCAGCUCAGCGCACAAGUGUCCGACACCGCUGUCAUUCUGUCAAUGGACAACAACCGCGACCUGGACCUCAGCAGCAUCAUAGCUGAAGUCAAAGCUCAGUACGAAGACAUUGCUAACAGGAGCCGGGCCGAGGCAGAGGCUUGGUACCAAACCAAGUUUGAGGAGCUGCAGGCCACAGCUGGGAAGCACGGGGAUGACCUGCGCAACACAAAGGGUGAAAUCUCUGAGCUCAACCGGCUGAUCCAGAGGAUCCGGUCAGAGAUAGAGAACACGAGGAACCAGUGUGCCACCCUGCAGACGGCCAUCGGAGACUCCGAGGAGCGUGGGGAGCUGGCCCUCAAAGAUGCCAAGGCAAAGAUGGCUGACCUGGAAGAUGCCCUGCAGAAAGCCAAAGCUGACAUGGCCCGGCAACUCCGCGAGUACCAGGAGCUCAUGAAUGUCAAGCUGGCCCUGGACAUCGAGAUCGCGACCUACAGGAAGCUGCUGGAGGGCGAGGAGAGCAGGCUGAGUGGAGAGGGACUCAACCCCAUCAGCUACUCUGUCAUCAGCUCCAGCUCUGGCAUGGCUGGAGGUGGUGGAAGCGGUUUUGGUCUUGGAGGAGGCGGCGGAACAGGUUUUGGUCUUGGAGGUGGUGGUGGAGGAGGCUACAGCUUUGGAAGCGGAGGAGGACUUGGACUUGGGGGUGGUGGUGGUCUCACAGGUGGAUUUGGAGGAGGCAGUGGUCUCGGCACUGCAAGCCGCCUUGGCUAUGGAGGAGGUGGCAGCAGCAGCCUGAGCACCAGCGGAGGGAAUUUCAGCUCUGGAAGUGGAAAAGGCACCAACCCAGGUGUGAAAAUUGUCUCCAAAACCUCCUCCAGCAAAAAGAGCAUAAAAAGCCAAAGCCUGAAGAAUGCUACACAGCCCGAGUAA